AUGAGCGGUGGGUUAUCAGAAGAAAUUGCCAGGCUACGGAACGCCAUCAAUCAAGGGAGAAAUCAAUCUCAGCAAAAGGAUUUAUCUAACAGUGCACCAUACAGCGCUUAUCCAUCCACUAGAGGCAGCGGUGGAUUCAGAGGAAGAGGCAGAGGCAGAGGAUGGGCUCGUGGGAGAGGUACUUUCCCUAUUAGAAACAGAACAUUGGUGGUGAAUAACCAAGUAUCUGAUUCAGAGUUUGUUUCCACAGUGUCUUCAAAUGGUCGUAAAUUAAUUAACAAGAAUAUUUAUGAUAAAGAAUUACAAGAGAAAAAUUUAAGUAAAGAGGAAAAAGCUGCUAAAUUACAAGAUGCCAAAUAUAAGAUUUUAAUUAAGAAAUUGGAAGUUCGUGCCUCUAAAAAUAGAGUUAAAUUAGAUUUAUGUGAUCGUUGUCUUAUUGAUGGUGAUAUUUAUGCAAUUUCUAAAUAUGGUGCUAGAUUGGUGCCCACUGAUAUCCCAACUGGUAUUAAACCAAUGAAGUUACAAUGGAAUGGAUAUGAUUAUACAAGAACAAAGAAUGGAAGUUUGAAGUUAACAGAUCAAAAAGUAGGUAAAGCAUGUAAAUUUAGACAUAUCUAUGAAUGUCCAGAUUAUCAAUUAUUUAGAGAGUGUCCAAGAGGUAAACAUUGUAAAUUAACACAUUUAGAUCAAGAUAAUUUAGAUGCAAAAUUAUUAUUUAAUACAUUAGAUCCAGAAAAUUUCCAAUUACCAAACUUGACUAAAUUAGAUAAUUUACACCAGGAUCCAAGAGCUCAAAUCAGAUCAGAUAUUGAACAAAAUCCAGCUAAUUUAUAUGAUAGUGAUAGUGAAGAUGAUGAUCUUGAUUCAAUUAGUACUUCUAAUGCACAAAAUGAUGCCUUGGAAACCAAUGAAGACUACAUCACUUUUUAA